AUGCAGUUCGUACAUCCCCUCCUGGUUCUUGGAGACCUCGCGGAUUACUGCCCGCUCAUUUCAAGCGCCGUCGAUCAUAGUUCUCGUCCUAGUCCCGCCGGAUCCUAUGCAACUAGGGAAGAAACCUGGACUUUCGUUCUCGUCAAGCUUCAGGAAAUUGUGGUCUGCGAGUCGUAUCACUUGCUUCAGGGCACAUUUCAGAACCCACAUUCACCCACAGUCACUUGCAAUGCCGAGCAAGGGAAAAUGAACGCCGUGCGCUCGGUACUUCCGGUGCAAAAGGGUGUUGACUUAUCGCUGCAUCAUCAGGGAACAAUCAUGGAAUGA